GCCACUACAGUACGCAUGCCGGCGCAUUGUAAUAGAUUCCGGUUCUGUACCCUCGCACACCCACCUUUAGCGGCGGCGCAACGCCAACCAACCAAGCGAACUGCUCAAAACAUCCAAUUCGAGAACACACAAGAAAUGUCUUCUCUCACUCUCUCCUCUCCUCGUUACCACCACCUCAGUUCCCAUGCCCACCUCCAUCGGCACCCCCACCCUCCCAUGGCUAUCAUACGCCAUCUAAACCUGCCCCACUUGAACCUCCGCCACAACCGUCGUCGCUACCUCUCAGUCGCUGCCGCCGCUCUCCGUCAAGACACUACCGCCUGGACCCAAGCCCCUCUCUCUGAGGUCCAAACCGCCGCCGAAGACCUCUUCCACGUUACCAUCGACGUUUCCGAUUCACCGGAUCUAGUUGCCUCCCAUACGCGCCCCGGGCAAUACUUGCAGCUCCGGCUGUCCGACGCGGAGAAGCCUUCCUUCCUUGCUAUUGCCUCUCCGCCGUCUACCUCUACGUCGAAAGGAGAAUUUGAGUUUCUCGUCAAGAGUGUCGCGGGCUCUACGGCUGAGCUUCUCUGCGGGCUAGGGAGAGGCGAUGUGGUUGAGUUGAGCCAAGUUAUGGGUAGAGGUUUCGAUAUCAGUCAGAUCUCGCCGCCCGAGGAAUACCUUACUGUUCUUAUUUUCGCCACUGGCUCGGGAAUUAGUCCAAUUCGAUCUGUCAUUGAGUCAGGCUUCGGUGCCAGAAAAAGAUCAGAUGUGAGGCUUUAUUAUGGAGCUAGAAAUCUUCAAAGAAUGGCUUACCAGGAUAGGUUUAAGGAUUGGGAAUCUUCUGGUGUUAAGGUUGUGCCUGUAUUAUCACGAUCAGAUGAUAGAUGGGAGGGUGAACGUGGCUAUGUACAGGCUGCCUUUGCUAGAGCCAAACAAACGUACAAUCCUUCAUCCACAGGUGCACUUCUCUGCGGGCAAAAACAAAUGUCUGAGGAAGUGACUUCUCUUCUUGUGGCCAAUGGGGUCUCAACAGAGAAAAUAUUGAAGAACUUUUAACAUAUGUUUCAAGAAAGCUUGUGUUUUAUCAUAGUUGAAAAACAGUUGAAGAUACGAUUCUUUUAAAAGCUGAGCUUCUUCUAUAGUGCGGGAAUACAUCAUAGUGCACAUGUCACCACUUCAACCGGAUGACUGCAAUAAUAACUCCAGCAGCCAAAUCAUACUCUUUUGAUUCAUAUUAUUGUUGAUCAAAUCACAGACGUGAUUGGAACAUAUGAGGUUCUUGAGAUACCUUUUCUCAGGCAUUGGCUGCCCGAAAUAUUUUAUCAAGGGAUAACUUACAUUGUUUAAAACCAUCCCAUUAUGAAAAUUUUCCAUUAUUUCUCUUUGCAA